AUGCCGUUUGGUGGCUUUCACAUUGCUUUGUUUGGAGAUUUCCCACAACUCCCUCCCAUCGGUGAUACUCCCCUCUAUUCUCCACCUUCAACAGCUACAACUGAUAAUGGUGCCCUAAGCCGGGAUGGCAGUGCACUUUACUGGCUAUUUGUGUCCAGUUUUUGUCUCCGUGUUAUUCACAGACAGCAAGGUGCUUCUAUAGAACAGGAAAACUUUCGGAAGCUUCUGUUACAUGCCUCAAAGGGUGGUCUAACUCAAGAAGACUGGACUCUUCUGGACUCUCGAGCUGAAAGGAGACUUGAUCCCGCUACACAGGCUCUUUUCCGAAAUGCUGUGUGCCUAUAUACGACACGAAAUGAUGUCCUAGAUCUAAAUAUGCACGAACUGCAGGCACUCAAUCAACCCUGGAGUGCAUUUGACCACUUGGUCAGGAUGUGGGUUAAUGCACAGCUUGCUGUAGGGCAAAAAGAUGGUAAAAGGGGUACAUUUUAUGUCGUGGUCAUUGUCAUGGUGGUCCCCGUCGCGUUCAUCGGGCUGGUCCUCUGUGGCGUCGUUUCACAUUGUGGUGGUCCAUCGUGUCAUGGUCACCAUUGUCCAUCGUGUGUGGUCAUUGGUGGUGCAUUGUCGUCCAUGGCGGUGGCCCUCGCAUCGUCGUGGUACAUCGUGGUCUGUGGUCGUCCGGUGGCCCUCGCAUCGUCGUGGUACAUCGUGGUCUGUGGUCGUCUGUUUGCUUUGUGCUCGUCUGUCGUGGUCGCAUGGUCCCUCAUCCCUUGUGAGCAAGGAGUGAGGAGGAGAGGGCUGUAUACUCACCUGAAGAUCAGCUACUGCAACGCGACCCUCGCAUCCAUCAACCCGCUUGCUGCCAUGUGCUUCCACCUCGCUCUUGACGCAGUCAAGUCCGAUGGUCCUCGAUCCGGUGAUGACGAACAACGAAUUGGUCGUUGUUCGUCAUUUGAUUGCCAUGUCGCUGUCGGCAACAUGGCAGCUGUUGUCUGGGUUGGUGGUGGUGAUGGGUGCUCGUCACCCGUUGUCGUUAGAGUGGUGAUGAUGGCGGGCGCUCAUCGCCAUCCGUGGGUGGUAGGCACUCACGGUCGUUGUGGUCGUAGUGGUGGGCGGUCGCCUGUGGUUUGA